GGCGGGGCGCGCGCAGUCCGUCAGCGCCGCGCGGAGAGGAGGUCGACGCGUUGCCGCCGCCGCCAGAGCCCAGCGUCCGUCCCACCCGCCGCGGCGCCAUGGCCUGCCGGCCGCGAAGCCCCCCCGGCUGCGGGAGCCGCCGCGACGGCGACGCCAGCCCGCAGACCCCCGCGAGAUGGAGCCUCGGGCGCAAGCGCACGGCCGACGGGAGGCGCCGGAAGCCCGAGGACGCCGAGGGCGCCGUCAGGCCGCCGGGCGGCCGCAGACCCGACAGCUUUACCACUCCCGAAGGCCCGAAGCCCCGUUCCGGGUGUUCAGACUGGGCAAGUGCAGUGGAAGAAGAUGAAACGAGGACUGGAGUUAACAAGGAAAUCGCGAGAUAUAAAAGGAAACUCCUCAUAAACGACUUUGGAAGAGAGAGAAAGUCAUCAUCAGGAAGUUCGGAUUCGAAGGAGUCUAUAUCAGCAUUGCCGGCCGACUUAGAGACCGAUGAGAGUGUCCUGAUGAGGAGACAGAAGCAGAUCAACUACGGGAAGAACACCAUGGCCUACGAUCGCUAUAUUAAGGAAGUCCCCAGGCACCUUCGCCAGCCCGGCAUUCAUCCCAAAACCCCCAACAAAUUCAAGAAGUAUAGUCGACGAUCGUGGGACCAGCAGAUCAAACUGUGGAAGGUGGCUCUGCAUUUUUGGGAUCCUCCAGCUGAAGAAGGAUGUGAUUUGCAAGAAAUACAUCCUGUAGACCUCGGGGAGAUGGAGACCGAAUCCGCAGAAAGCAGCUCUGAAUCCCAGACGAGCUCUCAAGAUAACUUCGACACGUACUGUGGCACACCCACGAAAGUUCGCCAUGUAGACAGCCAGGUGGAGGACGAGUUCGACCUGGAGGCCUGUUUAACUGAACCCUUGAAGGACUUCUCAGCCAUGAGCUAACGGGCGCACCCUGGAGGCCCCUGGGAGCAAGCGCUGCCCCCGUCUGGGAGGCGCCCGGCCGGCACGCGUCCUGCCUUUGUAUCUGGAGGUUUCUGUUGUUUACUGUCUCGCAGUGAAUUGUUGUUCUUGCCUUAUUUUCUUCAGAAACAUUAAUUUUACGUAUAGGGAGUGUGUUUUGCAUGUUUUAAAUCAUAAAUGGAACCAAAUCCGAGGAAAACUGAACUUGAGGCCAUCUUGCGACAACCUUAACUGCUUCUUGAAUCUCUAGCGUCCUUGAAGUCAACCUGACGAGCGGACCGUAACUGGUGUUCCACUAGUAUUUUAGACAUUAAGUUGUUACUGGUCAGGUGGCUGGUUUGGGUGUAACCGCGUGUUCGUGGGACCAGUCUGGCACCGGCUGUCUUCGCUGGGAUCUGACCGAGUGUUCUCGUAGCCAGACACCUUUACUGUGUUAUGGGAAGGGUGGGGAUUUGGCCGUUCGUUGAUGUGUCGGGAUGGGCUUUUCCCUCGUUCAGAGCACUGAAUAGUCAGGUAGCGAAUUGAGCUGGUAAGUUAAUGGGGGUUAUGUAAGUUAUACAGUCUUAAUUUGGUAUUUGUAAAUAGCACUGAGUAGGCCUUCUACCUAUAAUACUCCAAGAGUUAAGGCAGCAGAAGGAUUUAGAAAGAACUUUUUUUUAACAAUCAGUUAAUUUACCAUGUAAAAUUGCUGUAAAUGAUAAUGUGUACAGAUUUUCUGUUCGAAUAUUCAGUUGUAAACUUCUUGUUAAGACUGUUAUGUUUCUGUUGCUUUUGUAUGGAAUGACAUUGCAAAAAUAAAAAGGACCUUCUUUAACU